AUGGAGGGACCUGCUGCAGGGACUCGGAGCCGGAGGGGCGCCACUCCGGAGCAGACAGAUGAAAUCGCGACAUUACCACUGCGCACCCCCUCCAGUAUUGGCCCUUUUCUUCUGCUGAUCUCUAUAAUUGGAAAACUAACCAUCCCCCCUUUCUCGGAGGAUCCCCAACGCCUCACGGGGUUGAUGGAAUCCCUUAUGUUCUCUCACCAGCCUACUUGGGAUGAUUGUCAACAGCUGCUGCAGACACUCUUCACAACCGAGGAGCGAGAGAGAAUUCUAUUAGAGGCUAGAAAAAAUGUUCCUGGGGCCGACGGGCGACCCACGCAGUUGCAAAAUGAGAUUGACAUGGGAUUUCCCUUGACUCGCCCCGGUUGGGACUACAACACGGCUGAAGGUAGGGAGAGCUUAAAAAUCUAUCGCCAGGCUCUGGUGGCGGGUCUCCGGGGCGCCUCAAGACGGCCCACUAAUUUGGCUAAGGUAAGAGAGGUGAUGCAGGGACCAAAUGAACCUCCCUCAGUAUUUCUUGAGAGGCUCAUGGAAGCCUUCAGGCGGUUCACCCCUUUUGAUCCUACCUCGGAGGCCCAGAAAGCCUCAGUGGCCCUGGCCUUCAUAGGGCAGUCGGCCCUGGACAUCAGAAAAAAACUUCAGAGACUAGAAGGGUUACAGGAGGCUGAGUUACGUGAUCUAGUGAAAGAGGCAGAGAAAGUGUAUUACAAAAGGGAGACAGAGGAAGAAAGGGAACAAAGAAGAGAGAGAGAAAAAGAGGAAAGGGAGGAAAGACGUAAUAAACAGCAAGAGAAGAAUUUAACUAAGAUCUUGGCCGCAAUAGUUGAAGGGAAAAGCAAUAGGGAAAGAGAGAGAGAUUUUAGGAAAAUUAGGUCAGGCCCUAGACAGUCAGGGAACCUGGGCAAUAGGACCCCACUCGAUAAGGACCAGUGUGCAUAUUGUAAAGAAAAAGGACACUGGGCAAGGGACUGCCCCAAGAAGGGAAACAAAGAACUGAAGGUCCUAGCUCUGGAAGAAGAUAAAGAUUAGGGGAGACGGGGUUCGGACCCCCUCCCCGAGCCCAGGGUAACUUUAAAGGUGGAGGGGCAACCAGUUGAGUUCCUGGUUGAUACCAGAGCGGAGCAUUCAGUACUGCUACAGCCAUUAGGAAAACUAAAAGAUAAAAAAUCCUGGGUGAUGGGUGCCACAGGGCAACAACAGUAUCCAUGGACUACCCGAAGAACAGUUGACUUGGGAGUGGGACGGGUAACCCACUCGUUUCUGGUCAUCCCUGAGUGCCCAGCACCCCUCUUAGGUAGAGACUUACUGACCAAGAUGGGAGCACAAAUUUCUUUUGAACAAGGAAAACCAGAAGUGUCUGCAAAUAACAAACCUAUCACUGUGUUGACCCUCCAAUUAGAUGAUGAAUAUCGACUAUAUUCUCCCCUAGUAAAGCCUGAUCAAAAUAUACAUUUCUGGUUGGAACAGUUUCCCCAAGCCUGGGCAGAAACCUCAGGGAUGGGUUUGGCAAAGCAAGUUCCCCCGCAGAUUAUUCAACUGAAGGCCAGUGCCACACCAGUGUCAGUCAGACAGUACCCCUUGAGUAAAGAAGCUCGAGAAGGAAUUCGGCCGCAUGUUCAAAGAUUAAUCCAACAGGGCGUCCUAGUUCCUGUCCAAUCUCCCUGGAAUACUCCCCUGCUACCGGUUAGAAAGCCUGGGACCAAUGACUAUCGGCCAGUACAGGACUUGAGAGAGGUCAAUAAACGGGUGCAAGAUAUACACCCAACAGUCCCGAACCCUUAUAACCUCUUGUGUGCUCUCCCGCCCCAACGGAGCUGGUAUACAGUAUUGGACUUAAAGGAUGCCUUCUUCUGCCUGAGACUACAUCCCACUAGCCAACCACUUUUUGCCUUCGAAUGGAGAGAUCCAGGUACGGAAAGAACCGGGCAGCUCACCUGGACUCGACUGCCCCAAGGGUUCAAGAACUCCCCGACCAUCUUUGACGAAGCCCUACACAGAGACCUGGCCAACUUCAGGAUCCAACACCCUCAGGUGACCCUCCUCCAGUACGUGGAUGACCUGCUUCUGGCGGGAGCCACCAAACAGGACUGCUUAGAAGGUACGAAGGCACUACUGCUGGAAUUGUCUGGCCUAGGCUACAAAGCCUCUGCUAAGAAGGCCCAGAUUUGCAGGAGAGAGGUAACAUACUUGGGGUACAGUUUGCGGGGCGGGCAGCGAUGGCUAACGGAGGCACGGAAGAAAACUGUAGUCCAGAUACCGGCCCCAACCACAGCCAAACAAGUGAGAGAGUUUUUGGGGACAGCUGGAUUUUGCAGACUGUGGAUCCCGGGGUUUGCAACCUUAGCAGCACCACUCUACCCGCUAACCAAAGAAAAAGGGGAAUUCUCCUGGGCUCCUGAGCACCAAAAGGCGUUUGAUGCCAUUAAAAAGGCCCUGCUGAGCGCACCUGCUCUGGCCCUCCCGGAUGUAACUAAACCCUUUACCCUUUAUGUGGAUGAGCGUAAGGGAGUAGCCCGGGGAGUUUUAACCCAAUCCCUAGGACCAUGGAGGAGACCUGUUGCCUACCUGUCAAAGAAGCUCGAUCCUGUAGCCAGUGGUUGGCCUGUAUGCCUGAAGGCUAUCGCAGCUGUGGCCAUACUGGUCAAGGACGCUGACAAAUUGACUUUGGGACAGAAUAUAACUAUAAUAGCCCCCCAUGCGUUGGAGAACAUCGUCCGGCAGCCCCCAGACCGAUGGAUGACCAACGCCCGCAUGACCCACUAUCAAAGCCUGCUUCUCACAGAAAGGAUCACGUUUGCUCCACCAGCCGCUCUCAACCCUGCCACUCUUCUGCCUGAAGAGACUGAUGAACCAGUGACUCAUGAUUGCCAUCAACUAUUGGUUGAGGAGACUGGGGUCCGCAAGGACCUUACAGACAUACCCCUGACUGGAGAAGUGCUGACCUGGUUCACUGAUGGGAGCAGCUAUAUGGUGGAAGGUAAGAGGAUGGCUGGGGCGGCGGUGGUGGACGGGACCCGCACGAUCUGGGCCAGCAGCCUGCCAGAAGGGACUUCAGCGCAAAAGGCUGAGCUCAUGGCCCUCACGCAAGCUUUGCGGCUGGCCGAAGGGAAAUCCAUAAACAUUUAUACGGACAGCAGGUAUGCCUUUGCGACUGCACACAUACACGGGGCCAUCUAUAAGCAAAGGGGGUUGCUUACCUCAGCAGGGAGGGAAAUAAAGAACAAAGAGGAAAUUCUGAGCCUAUUAGAAGCCUUACAAUUGCCAAAAAGGCUAGCUAUUAUACACUGUCCUGGACAUCAGAAAACCAAAGAUCUCAUAUCCAGAGGGAACCAGAUGGCUGACCGGGUUGCCAAGCAGGCAGCCCAGGGUGUUAACCUUCUGCCUAUAAUAGAAACGCCCAAAGCCCCAGAACCUGGACGACAGUACACCCUAGAAGACUGGCAAGAGAUAAAAAAGAUAGACCAGUUCUCUGAGACUCCGGAGGGGACCUGCUAUACCUCAGAUGGGAAGGAAAUCCUGCCCCACAAAGAAGGGUUAGAAUAUGUCCAACAGAUACAUCGUCUAACCCACCUAGGAACUAAACACCUGCAGCAGUUGGUCAGAACAUCCCCUUAUCAUGUUCUGAGGUUACCAGGAGUGGCUGACGCGGUGGUCAAACAUUGUGUGCCCUGCCAGCUGGUUAAUGCUAAUCCUUCCAGAAUACCUCCAGGAAAGAGACUAAGGGGAAGCCACCCAGGCGCUCACUGGGAAGUGGACUUCACUGAGGUAAAGCCGGCUAAAUACGGAAACAAAUAUCUAUUGGUUUUUGUAGACACCUUUUCAGGAUGGGUAGAGGCUUAUCCUACUAAGAAAGAGACUUCAACUGUGGUGGCUAAGAAAAUACUGGAGAUUUUUACGAGAUUCGGAAUACCUAAGGUAAUAGGGUCAGACAAUGGUCCAGCUUUCGUUGCCCAGGCUCAAGGCGCUUGA